AUGCUCAAUCCCAGCUCUGCUCUGAGGUUGGAGGAAGGCUGGCAAACAGCCGAGACAACAGGAAACCUCCAGAACCUGAAAAAAUUUAAUAAUCAGGACUUCGGCCACCUCCGAGCCUUGUGUCUGAGCCAAGGCCGGCUGUUUGAGGACGACACCUUCCCUGCUCACAUCAGCUCCAUCGGUGCCAGCCUGCUCCCAGAGGACCAGCUGCAGCAAAUAGAGUGGAGGAGGCCAACUGAACUUCGAAGAAAUCCCUGUUUGAUCAUGGAUGGAGUUAGCAGAUUCGAUAUUAUUCAAGGACAAAUAGGUGACUGCUGGGUGCUGGCUGCCCUGGGCUCCCUGACAAUGCAGAAGCAAUUUUUGGAAAAUGUUUUACCAAAGGACCAAGGAUUCCAGAAUGAUUAUGCUGGGAUAUUCCAUUUCCGGUUCUGGCAAUUCGGAGACUGGCUGGAUGUGGUGAUAGAUGACCGUCUGCCUUUCCUAAAUGGGAGCUACCUGUCUGUACACCCUCGAACAUCAAAUGAAUUCUGGCCAUCCUUGCUGGAAAAAGCAUAUGCCAAAUUGCGGGGCUCCUACCAGAACUUACAUGGAGGCUACAUUUCUGAUGCUUUAGUGGACUUCACAGGUGGAGUCCAAGUUCAGUUUUCAUUAAAGAACCCCCCUCCUGAUCUGGAGGAGAUACUGAAAGCUGCUGGCAAAUCUCAGUGUAUGAUGGGGUGUAGCACCUCAGGACAGCUGAGGAACAGAGAAAUGAGGAAUGGAAUUGUACAGGGUCAUGCCUACACUGUCACAGGAGCAGUGAAGAUACGCUACAGGAAUGGCUGGGAACAUAUCAUCAGAAUCUGGAAUCCAUGGGGCCAUGGGGAGUGGAAGGGGGCCUGGAGUGACAAUUCUCCAGAGUGGAACCAUGUUGAGCCUCAAAUCAAGGAAGACCUCUGCAGAAACAAAGAUGAUGGAGAAUUCUGGAUGUCCUGUGAAGACUUUUGUGAGCAGUUUUCCUGGCUGUGUAUAUGUAACAGCACCCCAACGUUCCUGGACUUUGGAGAUCAGCGCAGCACGACAUGGUCUGUGGACAGGCACAUCGACCAGUGGAGUAAUUCACUCUCCACAGGCAGGAACAACUCUUCCCUCGGUGCAGUUUCGAAGAACCCUAAGUAUUUCUUUGAAGUGACAAGUAAUGCCCCCAAAAGCUAUAAUGUGGUCAUUUCACUCAUGCAAAAACAUGCUGAGGGUAUGGAGGAUGCACAGACAUUGAGGAUUGGCUUUUCGAUCACAAAGAAGAACUCCAAAGUUCUGAAACAAGAUUUUUCUCUUACUCGAGAUGUCACCAACUACUUUACUUUGAGUCCAGGAACCUAUGCUGUCAUUCCUGCUACAACAGAGCACCAAGAUUUUGAAUUUGUCUUACGAAUUUUCUUGAAGAAUGAAUGCUACAAUGAGAACUCAGACUCCCUGCUCAGCCCAAUGCUGCCAACGGUUGUACCAAGACAGAACCAGGACAGCUCCUAUAAGGCUAUCUUCCUAAGAUAUGCUAAACAGGGCUCAGCUAUUGAUGCCUCGCAGCUGCGACAACUCCUUAAUGAAGUGGUCCUGCAAGAUGAAAUGGCCAGCCUUGGAGGAAAAUUCAGCUUUGAUUCAUGCAGAGGCAUUUUAGCUCUGAUGGAUACGAAUUCGAAUGGACGACUCACACUGCAGGAGUUUGGGAGCCUCUGGCAAAAACUCACCAAGUACAUGGAUAUCUUCAGGAGGGAAGACAGAAAUAAUUCUGGAUUUCUUGACAUAUCUGAAUUGAAGAGUGCAAUACAGACAGCAGGUCUGGCCAUCAAUGAGCAAGUCCUACACCUGGUGUCCCUGCGGUUUGGUGAUGUUACCAGGAGAAUCGGCUUCUCUGACUUCAUGUGCUGCAUGCUGCGCCUUGAAACCAUGACCUGUGCAUUUCAAAACUUAGCAAAUGGUGGAUCACAAAUUUUGGUGACGGCAAUGGAGUGGCUGACUCUUGUCAUGUACAUCUGA